AUGGAUCCUGUCGACCGCUGUCCCAUUGAAACCUUUACCAACAUCUUACAACAUGUCGUCCAUCCUACCUCACAAUCGGACGGCCCCCACAACCCUACAGGGUGGCUUCGUCUGCUCCUCGUAUCCCGAGGGUGGAGGGACGUCGUCCUGAGCACGAAGUCGUUCUGGAGCACAAUCUACGUACACGGAGAAAACGGAGAGAAGUGGCUCAAGCUGUGCCUGGAUCGGGCCCAUGGUGCUUCCCUCGAGAUCAACAUCGACUUCGCGAACAUUGCUCAACUGGAUCUUACGCUGCUGCUCCACUACGCCUCCGACAUCAGAUCAUUGGCAUUGAGCUCUUUGCUGAAGAAACGCCUCCCAGCAGUGAACACGUUCCUCGCUUCCGGCACUUUUUCCGCUUUGGAAGACCUCAGCGCACGGAGGGAUCGGGAGAACAUCCCGGUCUUGGCCCCGGGGGAGGUCCCGGAUGUCGUUCACCUGGCCCUCAAUAGGACAGCCAUGCCGCGCCUGAAGACACUGCAAUUGUACAACCUGGCGUACGUCGCGGAUCCAUCCGUCCUCGAACACCUGGAAAAACUCUGGCUUUUUCUCUGCUGGGAAACGGGCUCUUCUGCGAAUUUCAUGGAGACCCUACCCGCCAUGAAGCGCCUCAAGUCCCUCUACGUCGCACGCUUCGGCGCUGCUGACCUCGUCCAACCUCCCUCGCAUCCUAUCACUUUGCCGUCACUCACCUGUCUCGAGAUCCCCGGCUCGAACACCCUUGAUCUCACCACAAUCCUAUCACAUCUGCACCUUCCUUGCGCGACGCAGGUGAUACUCAACUACAUUACCGACGGCAGGAUCGACGCCCAAGGCCACGAGGAGGACACCGGCCGGAACGCAGGCAUCGGCGACGUCCUUCCCCGCCCCCGCACCAACGUGCUCCCGUUCCUGCCGCUGGUCACGGACGUCGCCCUCGCCUUCGAACGCGAGCGCUGCGAGUUCGCGGUGAGGACGGCCGGCGGCCCGCACUGCGCCAGCGUCGGGUACAUGCCCGACACCACCGGGACGCUCCACGAGGUGCCGAUCGACCCGGGGUUCCAGCUCCGCGACCUCAUCGACGUCGCGCGCGACUGCCCCGCCGCGACGCGCCUCGAUAUCUCCGCCGCGCGCCGCGACUUCACGUGCCCCGCCGACGUCUGGCGCGCGCUCCUUGGCCACUUCCCGCUCCUCACCGAGCUCCGCUUCGAGGGGCACGGCUCGCUCGCGUCGCUGUGGUCCGCGCUCGACCCGAACGGCGACGGGGGCGGGUCGGCCCACGGCGCGCGCGACGCGGUCCUGUGCCCCGCGCUGCGCACCAUCGCGCUGCGCGACUACACCGUCACCUGGAACCCGUGGGAGGAGGACGACGAUGACGAGGACGACGAAUACGACUUCAGGUUUGCCACCGAGCGGCUGCCCCGCAUCGAGCUCUGCGUGGAGGCGUGCCGGGAGAUGCUGGCUGGGCGGGCGGCGCGCGGUGUGCCUCUCGCCAGGUUCGAGUAUGUCGCGGCACCGCGGACGAAGGAGCUGGACGAGUUCGAGACGGUGUAUCGGGAGGAUCACGCGGCUAUGCUCGCGGAGCACGUCCCCGAGGUGUCGAUCAGGACGAUACAUACGGAGGAGGAGGACACGGAGAUGGAGGACGACGAGGGCGAGACGUAG